AUGAACACCUCACUAGUUACCGAAGAAACACAACAGCAUUUACAUGUUCCAUCGCCCCCGACAAGUCGUAUUCGAUCGUUAUCCUUGAAGCCUCAAGAGAUUCGCCAAGACUAUCCUCGACGUCAAUCAUCCACCGACAUAUGCUCAUCUCCUGUGAAACGAACUGAAUUAUCAGCUGACACUAAUCACCAUGAACAAAUAAGCACCCCACCACCGAGACGAUCAUCAAUUGCACGUUUUCAAAGACGUUUCACUGUCUUCUCCUAUGAAGAGCAGCCGAUGGCAUCGAACCGACAACGCCGGAUGACCACCGGUCGGUUCUCGUUUUUCGAUGACAAAUCGAAUUCCAAUUUACUGAAAAACAAACGUCCCAGUGUUAUAUCGCACAUGGUUGAGUCAUUUGUACGAAGAUUUUCUUUGCGAAAAAAGAAAAGUAAUAAUCAUAAUUCUGAACAAGAUGAAACUGUUAUUGAUCCGGUUUAUGAAACAUUGAAAACGGCAGCUGAGACGCGGAAAAUGACAUUAGCCAAUUAUUUGCAACAACGACAACAAAUACUUAAUAAACAGGGCUCAUUGAAUAGCCAAGGUUCAUCCGAACCGGAUAUUCAGUCAUCUCCGCGUACAUCGCGACACGAAAGUCGAGCAGAAACUGAUUUGUCACCAACAACAUUAAAACCAUCCUCACAUCAAUCAGGACGACUGUCAAUAGGUAAACGAUCGAAAUCAGUUCGACUUCCACACCUUACCGAUAGAAACUCUCUUCCAUCUCGAUACAUGUCAUUCUACAAUCCUUCGACAGACGUGACUUUCGAAUCGGGAACGAGUGUCUGA